AUGCAUCAUGAGACUCGGGCAUGGAGAAGAAUCAAGGAGAUCCGCAAACGUCCCCGGGGAACAACUCCAACAGACCAGCCCAACACCGGUGCCGGUGCCGGUGCCUUCUCGCAGCUCUCUGCUGCCCCUACUUUCUCCAGUUCGAGUUUUUCUGUCCCGUCAAAUCCAUCCAUCGGGUUCUCUUUUGGCCAAAGUCAAAGCUUCCCAGGGGCCAGCUCCGCCCCCAGCCAGCCCGCCCAGAGUAGCUCGACUCCAUUUUCUUUCGGUAGUGGGAGUAAUGGAACUAGUGCUGGCUUCAACUUCUCUGCUGGUGGCGGGUUUUCUACUCCAUCCUCCAAUCCCUUCGCCGCAAGCUCCUUCGGCGCUGCAAACACAUCUACUCCCAGUACGGCCCCUGUCAGUUUUGGUGGGUUUGGAAACCAAGCUUCGUCGCAGUCAUCGCAGCCAACCUUCUCAUCAGGGCUGUUUGGAGCCCCGCAAAAUACAACUAGCUCAGUAGGCGCGGGCGUUUUUGGCCAGUCGAUGGCUCCAAACACAUCUGCGAACCCAGUUGCCGAUUCCAUGCAAACCUCUCCUGACAACAAACCCAAGGGUCCUUUCGCUGCCACUUCACCGUCCUUGCCUAGCAAGAACUUAUUUGGUAGCGCUGAUGCCUCAUCAAAUUUGUUUUCACCGAAACCUGCUACCCAAUCUAGCAAUCCAUUUGGCAACCUGAGUGUGCCUUCUGCCUCAGAUAAACCUUCAGGCAACAAGGCAGAAGGCGAUGCUGCUAAGCCAGCUCCUGUCUUUGGACAGGCGACUGCGGCAGUCACACCAGCGCAGCCUUUCGGCUCUCUUUUCGGAGCUGCCUCGGCUUCCUCGACUUCAGACCCUCAGAAGGCGACCUCACAGCCUGCAACAAACAACCUCUUUGCACCUAAGACAGCCACAGGCAACACUUCCUCCGGAAACCUUUUCAUGUCAACUGCAGCUACAUCGCAGCCUGCUAAGGCCGACGCCGCUCCAUCUACUACAAAUAACAUCUUCUCCCCAAAGCCUUCCGGGGGAAUACCAGAUGGCAACAAUUUGUUCGCUCCCAAAUCAACCGAUCAGAGUUCGACCUCCAAUCCUUUCGCUCCUAAGCCCACCUCGGAAGAAGCUGCUGCUGCUUCAACCUCUCAGCCGUUCGGGUCUCUGUUCGGAGCUACAGGCUCUCAACCAUUCAACAGUCUCUCUACCUCAAAAGCCGCCACGGAGCAACCUGUGGUCAACAACAUCUUUGCUUCGAAGUCUACAUCAGAGAAGGGCUCUGACAACACUGCAAGCAGUCAACCUUUUGCCUCCUUGUUUGGUGCUGCUUCUGCAUCUUCAAAGCCUGUGGCCUCGGAAAAUACUCACUCAUCUUCAACACCUCAGAACCUUUUUGCGCCGAAGUCCACAGCAGACCAGAGUGCCAGCACGACUUCUGAACCUUCACCGUUCAAGGGCCUUUUCGGCGCCACAUCAAACCCUCCCAAGCCUGUUGAAUCUGAGAAGGCUCCUAGCCUCUUUGCCCCCAAGCCUGUUGCAGAACAGACCACAGAGAAGCCAACUCAGGAACAGCCUUUCAAAAGUCUCUUCGGAUCUUCUUCGCCCAGCAAGCCUUCUGAUCCUUUCAAAGUCCAGUCUAGCCCAGCUACAGCCCAGAAUCUAUUCACUCCGAAGCCUGUUGUAGAGCAGCCAUCGGCUACUUCCUCGAAUCCGUUUUCCGGUCUGCUUGCCGGCAAGCCUGCAGCUCCGCAGCUCAACUCCGUCAAGCCUUCUGUCUCUUCCUCUCCCCAGAAAUCGCUGGCGACCUCUGAAAUGUCCAAGCCCGACUCUUCCGACAAUGUCCUCAGCAAGGAAGUGCGGGACGAAGCUGAUUUGCUUUGGGUUGUCUCCAGCUUGGACAAACAGUUCAAGAAACAAGUUCUCAGUUAUGAGCCCGGUAUCGACAGUUUCGAUACUUUGAUCAUGUUUUAUCUCAAGGUUCGCAACCAUAUUGGUGCUCCGGUUAAGGGCUCAAAGAAAUUCUUCCGGUCCCAAUACGCCACAUCGGCUGAUAAGGACGCUGAAAAAUCAGUGGAAACUAAUGGUCCGAACGGUACUGCCACUUCAAGUUUGUUUGCGAAAUCCUUUUCCUCCUCGGGUUCCGUCCCACCCAAGCCUACUGGCAUUGUAUCCGAGCCUAAGAGCUCGGCAGGAGAGAACACCUCUGCAAAGCCAGCUGCGACCACCACUUCUACACCCGCUGCCCCCAAAUUGGCUGGAAAUAUGUUUGCCCAGUCGUCCCAAGGUCCAACUUCCGCUCCCGCUCCCGCCAUUCCCAAGUUCGGAAAUGGCGCAGCUCCUGUGGACUUCAUGGCCCAGUUCAAGAAGAAGGCCGAGGACACUAUGGCCGAGGAGAAAGCCAAGCGAAAAGCCGAAGAUUUUGACUCCGAUGAGGAUGACGAGGCGGAGUGGGAGCGCCGUGACGCUGAACAGCAGCGUGAGAAGCGUGCAAAGGUUGAGGCUGGUAGCAAGAAGAAGUCUGUCUUCAGGAAUGGAAAAUUCGAGUGGGUUGAUGCUGAUGAAUCUGACUCUGCCGCUGCUGCUCCCAAACCUUCUGAGAAUCCUUCCGCGACCACUCUGUUUCCUCCUUCCCAGAAUCUUGCGGUGAAUGCACCUUCUCCUACUUCUUCUGCGAGCUCCAUCUUUGAUUCAUACAGCCGGCCGCUGCCCGCUUCUGAGAACAUCUUCGGUCGUCUCUCAGCUACUCCCCAGCCCAUUGAUGAUUCCAAGGAGAGUGGUGAAUCGGAUGACGAGGACAAGCCAACUCUCAAGCGCAGAAACCUGGAUAGCAAUAGCAGCGAUGAAGGCGAUUUCGGCUCUGCUCUGCGCAACUCGAAGCCUUCUAAACCUUCCGAUAAUGCAGACAUCACGAAAUCCAGUCUGGACACACCUUCUGCUGCACCUACCCCUGGUGGUCGCAGCCUCUUUGAUCGCAUUCAGUCUCCUACACCCCCUCCUCAGAAGGAAGGCGCCGGGUCUCUUUCAAAUCUUUUCGGCUCCAGCACGGCGCAGAAGGAGCCUAGUUCUACUGCUUCAAGCAUCUUUGGCACCCCCACGACUCAGAAGGACUCGUCUCAGAAGGAGCCUACGACCUCUACCUCUUCCCUGUUUGCAUCGAGCUUUGGUCAAAGCACCUCUACCCCGGCUGACAACACCUGGAAGCCCAACACACCGAUCAAGUUCUCUGCUGACCCAACCCCUGCUCCCACAUCCGUCCUUACCUCUACCCAGGCGUCCAGCCAGGCUUCCAACGCCGACAACGCCACUUCUGGUGAGGCCACGCCUGACGGGGAGACUGCGCCAGGUGCGAUCUAUGAUAUGUCCCAGGCCAACGCUGGCGAAGAGGAAGAGGUUGUUGUAUUCGAGGGUCGCGGCCGUGCCUUUAAGCUGGCCACGGGCUGGGCCUCCCAGGGCACGGGCGCUCUCCGUCUGCUCAGACACCCUGAGACCGGCCGCGCUCGCAUUAUCCUCCGAGCCGAUGGCAAUGGCAAUUUGAUUCUGAACUCCCUUCUCAAGAAGGAUUUCGAUUAUGCUCGUCAGAACAACAGCGUCCAGUUCAUGGUCCCUCAGUCUGACGGGAAGCUAGAGCACUGGGCCGUCCGUGUUAACGCCCAGACGAUCGAGCAGCUGCACAGCAAGAUUCAAGAGAUUAAGAAUUAG